AUGAAAAUUCCAGAGAUUGUUCAUUCUAAAGAUUUCGGAGAAAAACCUCUGCUUUUACCUGUUCGUAGUUUGAAUCAUUCACUGAGAGUUUCUGAUUCCGGCGGUCGAUGGGAGAAAGUGAGAUCAAAGAGACAACUCUUGAAGUCUCUCGGUGAUGAUGAUGAUAACAGUGAUGUUCUUCCUUCUCCGAUUCCAUGGAGGUCAAGAUCAUCAUCGUCGUCUACUAAGAUUGAAUCUCAGCCGUCCAUUAAGAAUCCGACCACCGUUGAAUCUCAGCCGUUGAUCAAGAAUCCCGCAAAUAUGAUGUCAAGAUCAUCUUCUUCUUCAUCGUCGACGGAGGUUGAAUCUCAGCCGCUGAUCAAAACGCCGGCGAAUCUGACGUCAUCUACAUCCUUCUCUUCUCCGAGAAAGUCGACUCCUUUAAAUGAGUUUGGAGCAAAAUCAGCGGAGGAUAUCGCCCGGAGACAUAAUUUCCACGGCGAAAAUGAGUCGAGAGAAUCAGCUCAUAAGACGAAACUCGGAAACGGUGCGUUUCAUCCUCCGCCACCUCCACCACCGCCGCCUCCGGUGGAUUAUUAUAAGUCGCCUCCGACGAAACUCAGAGUAAGCAGGAAAUCAUCCGAAAAUAAGACGAAAUUCGAUGAACGUUCAUCGAAAAGAAACAAUCUUAAGAAAGGAAAAUGGAACAUGCAUGGAGAUUUGUAUUGA